AUGAGACUUUCUUUUGCUAGCCAAAAACAAGAAAGAUCCUUCCUCUUUGGAAUUGAUGAUAGAUGCACUACCACAUUCCCACUUUCGUUUCCAUUAUCCACACUUCUGAGAGCAACAAUUAUUCUGGUUUCCAUGUCAGCGUAUUCAGAUAAUUAUUUGCUGCUUUCGGGAUCUGGGUCUGGAACCCAGUCACCACGAAUUCCUAGCAUAAAUAUCAAAAACGAGCCGGGCUCGCCUGUUAAUAAUGAACUUCUCAGUCGGUCGCUAGACAUCAAGAAACAAUUGUCCCAGUCUUUCCAAGGAACUAGUUCGGGCGGGAUUUCUAAACCACAGUCUAGGCGCAAUUCGGCGUUCCACGUGAUGUCAGACCAAGAUGACGAAGAUGAUGGUCAGGGCCACGAGAGAAAACGACGUGAUCACAUUAAUGACCGUAUCCAAGAAUUGUUGACCUUGAUACCUCCAGACUAUUUCCAAGAUUCAUCAAAAGACCAAGGCACCGCAGAAGAGCUUGCUGCACGUAAUACAGGUACAAAAGAUGGGAAACCAAACAAGGGCCAGAUUUUGAGCAAAUCCGUCGAGUACAUCAAGGACUUGCAGAAUCUCAUUGAUGAGAACAAUAGAAUGGAGGUGCAGCUACUAGUCAAGUUGCGCAAAUUGGAGAUGUACGAACAAGGGAAAGUGAAUGUUCCCGUCUCUGUCGGUACCACGAGCGCAGAAUUGGCAUUGGGAGAAAUAGGUGUGGGUCCCCACUCGGAGGAAUAUUUUCGUAAGGUGUUGAAAGACGCCACGGGUUUGGAUCGUGACGUUUGA